GUUUGUUAGCGGGGAAGCGGAUAGGUUUAGUAGGUAACGUGCGCAAGUUAGUUUAAUUUAUUUGUAUUUGAUAUCCCACGACGCCCACGGCCGUGUGUAGUCAUGAAUGAGGAAGAAGAAAACUUAUUGCCACUAGAUCAUGCCCCAGUGCUGUUUUUGGAUGAAAAGGGCAAUUCCUUGGUAUUUGUUAUAAAACCUUGUAAGGAGAAGGAAGCUCUGAGAGAAAUGAUUGAGCAUGGUGGCGGUGAAGUUGUUUCAACCCCUGGUGCCCAUGGGAUUACAUUGAUCCCUCCUGAAGUUCACCUCAUAAGCAAUGAUGAAGUGUAUUCAACUGAGUACAUUAAAGAUUGUUGCACUAGGAACAAACUUCUGGAUUUAAAACCGUACAGGCUGAAUACAAUGUCUCAUUUUCCGGAUAAUUUUGAUGUGAUGGAUGUUAUGCUGAAGUACACGUCUUGGUCUGCUGCUCUGACAGGUCUCCCAUAUGAAAAGAGCCUGUAUCCAUAUAUAACUAGUUCACCUUCAGACAGCAGCUGUUAUAGUGAUGAUGAAGAUUUUGAGCUAGCACAUCCAUCUGCCAGCAACUGUGAUGUUCAGCCUCACGUCCAAAAGAAACAGAAGAUUGUAAGACAGAUUGGAUCUUGUGACAGUGAAAGUGAACUGGAGAACUCAAAAGACAGUCGAAGAUCGAAAGAAAUUGCCCGUAAAGAAGAUAACAGGACAUCUAAAGCGUCAAGACCUAAAGUCAUAACUGAGAAUGAAUAUACUGAUUCAAGGCCAUCAAAAUGGGGAUUCAAUAGUUGUCAGAGCUCUAAGAAGAUUUAUCCCAAAGCAUCACAAAAGGUGUUGAGCUCGAGCUCUGAGGCUGAGACUAUAAGUGAAGAUGAGCUUUGGGGCGUACCUGUCUUAAGAUCAAAGAAGACAUGUGCAAAGCUCAGGAGGAGGGAUUAUAUUCACAAAGAGAGGCAAGCCAUUAUCAGUUUCAUCAGCAAACACCAAUAUCAUAAUUAUGUGAAGGGUCGAGAGAUUUGGCAGAAAGCAGAGGCAGCACAGGUUUGUCCUGGUAGGACUUGGCAAUCCAUGAAGGAACAUUUUAUUAAGAAGAUAAUACCGAACAUAAAAACAUAUCAUCUGUCCGAAGAAGAAAUUUAUAAGUUCCAGAAACCCUUCCACUGAUGAUGAAGUGGCUUUCCAGGACAGGAACAUCAUACCAGCUGUGAUACCAGAAAUUGUUACAUUAACAUUUAUUUAUAUAAAAAUAAAACUAACUCUUGUGAAAAACAAUAAAUCUGGUUCUCUUGUUA